AUGGAGAUGGAGGUCGGUGCCACGGGCGCCACGGCAGCGCCACCCCAGUUCUCGCUGCCGGUGGACUCUGAGCACAAGGCCAAGUCCAUCAAGAUCUUCUCCUUUGGCAACCCUCACAUGCGGGCCUUCCACCUCGGGUGGAUGUCCUUCUUCACGUGUGUCGUCUCCACGUUUGCGGCCGCGCCGCUCAUCCCAAUCAUCCGCGACAACCUCAACCUCACCAAGGCCGACAUCGGCAACGCUGGAGUCGCUUCCGUCUCGGGCGCCAUCUUCUCUAGGCUGGCCAUGGGUGCUGUGUGCGACCUCCUCGGUCCACGCUACGGUUGCGCAUUCCUGGUCAUGCUCUCCGCGCCAGCGGUAUUCUGCAUGUCCAUCAUCGACAGUCCCGCCGGAUACAUCACCAUCCGUUUCCUCAUCGGUGUCUCGCUCGCUACCUUCGUAUCGUGCCAGUACUGGGUGAGUACUAUGUUCAAUAGCAAGAUUAUUGGGACGGUCGGCGGCUUGACAGCAGGGUGGGGUGAUAUGGGUGGCGGCGCCACACAGCUCAUCAUGCCUCUCGUCUUUGAUGCCAUCUUGGCAUGUGGUGCGACGGAGUUCACAUCGUGGCGCCUCGCCUAUUUCGUGCCAGGAAUGAUGUUGGUGGUGAUGGGCUUGCUCGUGCUCACCAUGGGACAAGACCUUCCCGAUGGCAACCUCGGGAGUCUACAGAAAAAUGGUGACAUGAAUAAAGACAAGUUUUCCAAAGUUUUCCGUGGCGCGGUAACCAACUACCGCACAUGGAUCUUCGUCUUCAUCUAUGGCUACUGCAUGGGUGUCGAGCUCACCACCAACAACGUAAUCGCCGAGUACUACUACGACAGCUUCCCUCUCGACCUCCGGGCCGCUGGCACCAUCGCGGCCUGCUUCGGCUUGGCCAAUAUCUUCGCGCGUCCAAUGGGUGGCUACCUCUCCGACCUUGGUGCCCGUUACUUUGGCAUGCGAGCAAGACUUUGGAACAUUUGGAUCCUCCGGACUGCCGGUGGUGCCUUCUGCAUCUGUCUCGGUCGUGCAUCCUCCCUCCCGACAUCCAUUGCAUGCAUGGUCAUGUACUCCAUUUGCAUUGAGGCCGCAUGUGGGGCCGUCUAUGGUGUCAUUCCCUUCGUCUCACGACGCUCACUUGGCCUCAUCUCCGGCAUGAGCGGUGCCGGUGGUAACGUGGGUGGCGGUCUUACACAGUUUCUCUUCUUCACGUCAUCACAAUACUCCACCGGCAAAGGGCUCCAGUACAUGGGAAUCAUGGUCAUUGUGUGCACUCUCCCCAUCGUGCUUGUGCACUUUCCGCAAUGGGGCUCAAUGCUCCUCCCUCCUAGCCCCGUCGCCACUGAGGAAGGCUACUAUGUCGGUGAGUGGACAGAUGAGGAGAAGAGCAAGGGACUCCAUGACGCCAGCCUCAAGUUCGCCGAGAACAGCACCUCUGAGCGUGGUAGACGCAACACGAUCUUGGCCGGACCUGCCACUUCCCCACAUAAUAUCACACCCCUACAUGUGUAA